CCUCCUCGGUGAGGACCCACAAAAUUCUACCAGGGUUGAACAACGGUACGGUGGAAAUUCUGCGAUGUGAGCAAACGAGGUAUGGAGACCUAGAACUGCAUAUAAGGGUCAUCGACCGUCUCACUGUGACCUCUCAGCACCCCAGUACAGGACGAAAGCAUAUCCUCUCAUCUCCGUACUUGAACGCAGAAUGGUCUCCUCUCCAUCUGUUGCCCCGUCCGCCCCGGAGACGUGGGCCACCCCUCUCUCUUCGCCUGACGCUACGCCGGUCAGCAAACCAUACGCAGCUGUUUGGCAGCGCAUGAAUGGGUCUCCGAUCAAUACGUCGCUCUCGACUUCCGACCAGAGUUCACCUUCUCAUGUCCCUCGACCAGCAGAAGAGCCGCCACGCAUGUCUAUCAGCAGUCCCGUGGCACAGGGCCACCCCUCGACAGCUGCCGCUAGCCAGGGUUUCCUGGACUCUGCUGCUCUCUUCGAGUCUCUACAAGAAUUGAAGCUGCCAGAGUCUCCAUUUCGCUCACGUUUCCGACGUUUGAGCGGCGCAUCACUGUCAGGCAGUCUCUUCAGAUGUUCUAGAAGCGAUCCAAACUUGGCGAGUCGGUACAAGAAGGCAGGCGACUCACAGGAGACUCUUCGACCGACGAUCAAUUCAGCACUACCCCUAUGCGCCGCUUCACCCCUCGUCUGCGUCUUCGGCGAUGACGGUGAGGAGGUGCCGGAGCUAAGCAAGGAGGAGGCAGAUAGGGGCACUGCACGCGGAUUGAGCCGGACAAAAGCAAAGGGGCUCUCUCGCAGCAUCAGCAACCUUUUUCGUCGCUCAGCCCUCGACGGCGAGAAAGUCAAGAGCACUCCGACAUCGGCCCCACAUGGUGCAGCGCUGGAGGCAAAGCCACUGCUGAUCCUUGAGCAGCCAGGGACUGACUCUCCUUCGGUAACCCCAUCAUGCUUCAGCUGGGAGAGCAAGGAAGAGCCUGCGAGCGACACCGCAUCUCCGCGCUCGGCUACGUUGACCUUAAAAAGGCUGGCUACCUUUCUGAGAAAGACUCAUGCCCAAGGGGGACAGAGUGUGCUACCUGUCGGUGCCGGCAAUGACCAGCACAGCGGUUCGCGCACCCAGAUUUCCACACCGCCUAUCCCCGCACCAUAUACCCUCGACAAGUACGCCUUCGACGCCAUACUGCUCUGCAAUCGGCCUUCGUGCGAAAUCGUCGACGCCGCUCCGCUCCCUACGCAAACAUCGUCACAGAGCGGCACUAGGCGAAGAAUGAACUCCCUGAUCAGUAAGGUCUCUAUCCCUCGAUCGCCUCGCAAGAGCAAAACGAAUCUACCUGAGGUGACGGAGCCCUUCUCCCCCUCGUACUCGCUUGCCUCAGGGACGCCGUUGAGUCCAUCGAAAGAACUCACUUUGACUCAAGUCACCUCACCAGAGCAGGUCGACAAGCAGGAUGAUCUGGUACCCCCGAGGCUACUGCGGGACGAGCGUUCCGUAUGGUCGGAUUCUUCCGUCGGCCACUAUCUAUCCGCACCCAAUAUGAAAGACGAAUCGCCUUCGGCCACCCAGGACCAAAUCCAAGAGAUGCAGCCCAGCAGAAGAAGCUCCGGUAUUUUGGGUGAGGAAGGUAGCUACACGACAGGAGGGUUCGAGUCGUCUGAUAUCUCGACAGCAUCUUCAGCUCCGCUCGAGUCUCCUGUCGCAGAUAGGGCCAUCUUUUGCGGACCUGCUCGCGAAGUUUCCGAUGCCAGCAGCUACGAUGACGACUCCGAGGAAGUAGGCAAACACGCCGCUUCUGUACCUCUACAAGCAACGGAGGGCGAGGAAACCAUCAUCGAGGUGCUGGACAGCAACAGCUACCUCACCACCGACCAAACGCACUUCGAAGACUGCGCUACGGACCCCUUCGUCGAGGCUGAUGACGAGGACCAAGAGCCGGACAUUCACUUUACUGCAGAUAGUGAUGAGAUCACGCCUGCCACUCAUAUCUUCGAAAGCUCGGGAUCCUCCACCGCAUCCGGAAGGUCUGGUGGUAAUCAUUUCUAUGACGUCUCCUUUGCCUCAACGGCACCAUCUUCACGCAGCCACGGCAGUCAACAAGCCCUCUCCUCAGCAGCAGAGUAUCAAUACCGUGCUCUGCCAAGCGUGCCGAUUGCUAUAGCUACUGAGGUCGGAAUGAAGUCUCCGGUGAUGCGACAUCAUACCUCCCUUCGCGACCUCCGUGGUCAGACCAUCGGCCUCCCAGCAGCGGAGCGUAUCAACUAUCUAGCGCCAAAGUGUCCCUGCUGUGCUGGUACUGGGCGAGAAGGGUCUGAUAAUGGACGAGCAACGCCAUUCUGCAUGCACCUUCCCCUGAUAUUGCCCACCUCUCCUCGUCAAACAGGUCCGUCCUCACCGAGCUGCACAGAAGGUGGCCUACGCAGGCCUCCCACUCCUUCGGGAAUCGUAGUGGCAAUGCCCACAAGCAAAGCGCCUCUGCGAAAACGCAGGGCAAGCUUCGCUAUACGCAGAUCAGCUCUGAGCUGCGAAGAAGGCGGUGUGCUCUGCACCUGCCCCGGCAGUUGUAAGGGGACAUCGAUUGAUGCUGGAAUGAGCAGGUCAGCGAGCAGCUUUGGCCCCGCGAGGAAUGCGGGAAGAGCCCCGAAGCCAGUUUCGAUUGCUCGACCUAUGACCGCAGGCGCUACUCCCUAUGCGAUGUUCUAAUUCCUCGGCCGCUGACCCGAGCCGGUUGCAGCCCUUUAUCAAGCUCACGUUCACCGAUCUGU